ACUGCAGUUCACUCCUGUGAUGCUUUCUUGGGGGUUCAACUACAGUGAAUACUUAUGUCAUCUCAUGAGAUGAGAAUAUAUUAGAUUAGUAGUCCGUGCAACUGAAAGCCUUGAGAUUAGUUUAAAUACAAGUCUAGUGAUGAAGAGACAUAGUGGACACUAUAUAGUAGUAGUGAUGAAGAGACAUAGUGGACACUAUAUAGUAGAGUUGCAUUUCUUCCGGAAUUAACAGUGAACACCAAAUGCUCCGUCCCAUGGCUAACGGAGUCUGUAAAGAUUUUACAAAUUAAAUUUUACGCAAGAUCUUUCCUGAAAAUAUAGAAUAUAUCCGAUAAUGUGCAAUAGCUAACUGUAAAAUUGUUAUGGAUUUGCAUUCGUUUAACAGAAGAAAUGUCUAUCCGAAAUUUCACUAGCAUUAAAUUACCUGCUCUUCCAUUCUUCAAAACUUGUUUGUAUUUUUAUUUAGGACUUGUGUGCGUCCAUUUUUUUUCGCUGAAGAACAUCAACUUGUCUGGCUAAUAAACAGUCAUUGUUCUAUUUCAUGUACCCCACUGAUCGAGAAUAUUUUUUGCGCAUGUGAUGACAAGUGCGAUUCAUGACACUCCAGUGCGAUUUUGACUCCAUGAAAUGUUAUCAAAUGUUUAAUCUUUAUAUUCUGAUAUCAUGAUCAGCAUACACCAUUCAUAUUCCACGAAGUUACGACUCUUAAUCCCAACGUCUGACUUGGUCGUUUGGUUCGGAAGCUCCAACUAAAAACCCUGGAAUGCUGCUGCGCACAGAACGAGGUUUUCGUCCUGAAAAAGAAGCAUCGCAAACUUUGAACUCGAAUUAAUUGCAUCGUCAAGGAACAAAAAAGAUGUGAUCUUACAUCGAGCUUUGAUCAUGUGUAGUUUUUCUAGUGUGAAAUACAAUAAGCGAAAAUGCGAGAAGAAUAACAACCAAGGGAUAUUUGUGAUCUAAAAUCAAUUGGCUCUUUCAACAUAAUCUGCGAUCAUUUGUUUUCAUUGUGAAAUUCAACCUGGAAAACAAUCAAAAAGAAAAAAUCGUUAUGACUGAAUGUUUCAGUUAUAAUUAGAGGACAAUAGAGAUUAGAUUUGAAUAAGAAAGCUAUUCCUGAAUCCCUAUUCAUAAACCAUUCAUAAAAUGUUAAUGAUGUUCGGUGCAGCCUUGCUCGUCUGCUGUGGUGCUGCAACGGGUACGGACGGUACGCAAAUUGACCGACCAGUCCCAGUCAACGCCACGUCUUUUCUCCCAGCCAACAUCUCGUCCGCUCUCCCAGCCAACGCUACGUCUUCCCCUCUCCCAACCAACGCCACAUUUUCUCCUCUCCCGUCUUCCCAUCUCCCUGCCAACACCACGUCUUCCCAUCUCCCAGCCAACACCACGUCUUCCCAUCUCCCAGCCAACAACACGUCUUCCCAUCUCCCAGCCAACACCACGUCUUCCACUCUUCCAGCCAACGCCACGUCUUCGAAUCAUGAAGCCGGAAGUUCGGCAGCCACUACAGGAACUACGAACACAAGCUCCAAAGACCAGCUUACCCUCGACGCUUCAAAGCUCAAUUCCUUCAAUCAGGAUCCUUCCCUCGCCGCCCCUCAAUCAAAUCCGAUCUCGGAUUCGAGUUUUCCGUCAACCUUCAGCGCUGAAAAUUCUUCUAAUCAAGAGAAUCAUGUGGACAAUUCAGAUGCUCGGUCAUCGUCCGCCCAUUGCGUCGAGACUAACCAGGCAGGAACCAUGAAUGUUACACCGCAGUUCCAGCUGCUGAACGUGUCUAAUGGCAGCUUGCUUCUAAACCUGCUGCUGAGAUCAAAGAAUGUCAAUAAAGAACUGCUUCAUCUUACUUCCGGGGAUAAGAAGGCUUCAGGAUCGUGCAAAAGCAAGAAGGUGGCGGCGUAUGGGUCGUGGCCAUCGCCCAUCACUAGCGACGUGGCUGUCAAGGCCAGGAAUGAAGUCAUUGAACCGCCCCGUGUGGACCGAGCUACAGGCCACGUGUUUUGGGUCGAGGAGGUCAGUUCUGAAGACGGUCACGGAGUGCUCUUUCAGUACAACGUUGAUAAUCAGAAAAUCGUUCGAUGGACGAACACGACUGUUGACGUUCGUAGCCGCGUCUACGAGUACGGUGGAGGCUCGUUCCUCGUUUACAAUAACACAGUCUUCUACGUAUCCGGACACGACAACCAACUCUACCGACAGCACGGGCCUCUCUCCACGGCUGAGAAAAUCUCCAACUCGCCCAAAAAACGAUACGCUGACCUUACCUACUCUCCUAAAACGCAGCGCUUGUACUGCGUAUACGAAGACCACGGCCCCGUGGAGGGCGGCCGCGCUAAGGAGCCCCGGCACGGCAUUGCGGUGUUCGACCUGCUGGCGGGCAAGGAGCGCGACAUGUUCUCCCACGCGGACUUUUUCGCCGCGCCGCGGGUCACGGAGGACGGCACAAAGCUCGUUUGGAUCCAGUGGAAUCAUCCCGAUAUGCCGUGGGACAACACGAGGCUGUACGCUGGCACCCUCAGCCAGGAAGUUCUCGUUGAUAUCAACGUGGAAAUCUACCUCCAGCACAACAGCAUGAUGACCCCGAACUGGAACCAGCACCAUGAGUUGCUGUACAUCCACGACUUGAGUGGCUGGUGGAACCUUUACAUCGUCAACAGACAGGGCGCUGAGGCCAACCUAACGCCUACGUCCAGGGAGGUCGGCUGGCCAAGCUGGAUGCUGGGCUGGCAGGCGUUCGACAGCAACCCCGUCAUCGGCGCCCACGAGGUCGUCGUCAUCGUGGGGCGGGAGCUACGAAUUGUGAACACCAAAAGCUACGAGAGUCGGACUCUGGACACAGGCCACGGAGCCUUCUAUUUAUUAGGAGCAACCUACUCCAACGACGGGAAGAAGAUUUACACCGUAGCAGGAGAUGGUCGCCGCUCUUUAUCUGUAGUAGAAGUAGACGUGAACACAGGCGCCAGCAGACGCCUAGUGGACGAUCCCUUGCCGUUUUCUGAUGAAUUCAUCAGCGUGCCUGCCCACGUUCAGUUCAACACAACGGACCGAAUGACAGCCUACGGAUAUCUCUACCUGCCUCAGAACGGCGAGUAUGAAGGUCCGGCCGACGCUCGGCCGCCUCUGCUAGUUCACACACACGGAGGGCCGACCGCCUGCGCCAAGCCGGUGCUGAACCUCAACGUGCAGUUCUUCACGUCGCGUGGCUUCGCGCUGCUCGAUGUCGACUACCGCGGCAGCACAGGUUACGGCACCCGUUACAGGAACCUGCUCAAGGGCAAGUGGGGAGUUUACGACUUGGAUGACGUGGUGGCUGGCGCUGAGCAGCUCAUCAAGGAUGACGUCGUGGACCCUAAGAAUAUCUUCAUCGCAGGCCCCUCCGCUGGAGGCUACACCACAAUUUCUGCCGUCACCUUCACCAACUUCUUCACCGCAGGCGCCAGUUUAUACGGCAUCUCCGACCUGCGAGGCCUGAGCAACGACACACACAAAUUUGAGUCCCGCUACCUGGAGGGAUUAGUUGGCGCUGUGUCUGGACCGCUCUACGAGGAUCGCUCGGGCUUCUUCCAUUCCGACAAGGUGGCCACACCCAUCAUAUUCUUCCAGGGAUCAGAAGACAAGAUCGUGCCCGUUGAUCAAGCGGAGAACAUGUACAAUGUCGUCAAGAAGAACGGAAUACCUACUGCGUUUGUCUUGUAUCAAGGCGAGUACCACGGAUUCGUGAAAGAAGCUAACCGCAAGCACGCGCUGGAAGCCGAAAUUUUCUUUUUUUCGCGCAUCGGGAACUUCACUCUCGCAGACGUCACGAGCAACAUCACGAUCGAUAACCUCGAUAAUUGGAGAGGGAAAACAACACCCACGACUGAAUCGUCGUUGACAACAUCGCUUCUCUAACGCAAAAAAAUACCUGCAAACGUUUAAUGAUCAUGCAAUGCUAUAAAUACACCAGAGGACGCGAGGACGAUCAAUGAUUUAUUUUAGCUCUGCACGUAAAGAAUUCUAUGACUUCGGAUAAAACAUUCAUUUUUUCCAACUCGAUAAUAUUAGAGAUAAGAAAACAUGCAACGCAGUGAACUCUAAGCAAAAUGUCGCGCAAUUGACCUCUUGAAUUAUAGUUAAAUUUGUCCCAUUGCUCGCGGGAAACUAUGUAUUAUUGCAGAGAAUAAAUGAGUAUGAUAACA